AUGCCAGUUCAAGAGUCAUCAGACAUGUCGGCGGCGUGGCUGGCCCACGCGCCUGCUCCGCCGCCCUCGUCCACGCUUCGCAAACCCCGCAGAAGCUCCUCUUAUGAGCCCAUAUCGGCGGAAAAGGACAGCGUCAGCAACGACUCGCAUACCCGCGGUGGAUAUCUCCCCCCAAGCUCACACUCUCCGGAACCCCCCAGCUCGCGCAGGAACUCUGUCAGCGACCUCAAGGAGGCGGCUGCGGCUGAAUCGUCCAGGUCUUCGUCUCCGGUCAAGAGAGUGCGCUCCAAGGUCACCUCGAGCCCCAUGCCACCUGCUCCCAGCGCGUACUACAACUAUCAGCAUCAGCUGCAGCGACAGCAGCAGCAGCAGCAGCAGCAGCAGCAGCAGCAGCAACACCAACAACAGCAGCUAUAUCAGCAGCAGCCUUCCUACGUAGCACCACAGCAGCCUUAUACCGUCGCUCACGAUGCUGCGGCUGCGUAUGCGCACGCGCAGCCGCCUCCCACAUCUGCAGCCAUGGCCCAAAGCUUUUCAGAAACUGGCUCCGGCUCGCCUUGGAUAGGCUAUGCGAGGGAGCGUAGAGACAGCGCGCCAGCCGCAUCAUAUGCUGCUCCGCAGCAAGCGCAAAGCAUGGUCUACGCACCACAACCACCGCCGCCGCAAAACGGCGUUCUGCCAAUGCACUCGACGAUGUACGCUCCGCCAGGCGCAACGGCCGUUGCUGUCCCUUCGCAAUUCUCAGCUCAACCACACACGAGACACGUCGAGAUCAAUGGAGGACCCUCCUCUCAUCUUCAGUACAUGGCUACUCAGAACGGCGCGAUGGCCUACAAUGGACAAUACGGCGUGCCCGUACAACAGCAGCAGCCCUGGGCGACAGCACCGCAAAACCAACCAAUAUACCAGCAGACCACGCCCUACUAUCCUACAGUCGCCUCGCCUGCCGUCCAACAGCCAUGGGAGCAUUCCGGUGCUGUGAUGACCUCGCCUCAGCAGGCCAGCGUUGCUGGCCCCGUCUCGCCGGUCGCUCCGCCUCCCAACUCGUCCAACACGCAUGUCUUCCCACCCAUGCAUGUCGCCUCUCCACCCAUGUCUGCAACGCCGCCGCAGUCAGCAUACGCGACUGAUCUGAGCAGGCACUCCACCAGCUCGUCCUUUGGCUCUGUCCGCCGGCCCUUGCCUCAACCAACCCGGACCUCCUCCAACCCAUCGGCUCCAGGCUCACCCGUCAUCGGACCCGUCGGUCUUGCGAACCGUGGCAGUGUGCGACGUGACCUUCCUCGACCACCAUCAGGCUCUUCGGCCACCACCUCGGCGGCAUCCAACUACGUCUCGUCCAGUCUCAGCAAAGGCGAUGGCAGUGCUCCGGCAUCGCCAACUGCAGGGACGACUUCUCGGCUGCCUCCCACCGCCUUGAAUCGCACAGAAAGCGUCCGGCUGGCGGCUGAAGCGCUCAUGGCCAGAGGCGUUCCGCAACGAAGGCCUCUUCGCAGUGCCCUUGCCAGCACUACCUUUUCGCCGCCUUUGCCAGCGACUAGGAUGGUUGGUAGCCCGUUGACACAGCACGAGCUGCCAGCUAGUCAGAGUGAGCCUGUGGCGGCAACAAUUGGCGUCCCAACAAGCAUGCAGCCAUACGUCGAAGCGGUCCCUGCUUCUGUAGAACCGACCCGUAGAUUCAGCCAGAGCGCCGGUUCGAACGGGAACAGCUCGUUCGAUUCGGGCUCCGUGCGUGCUCGCGCCCUGCCGGAUCCUGGACAACCUCAAACGUCUCAGCGCACGCUUCCUUCGGCGCCAGCUCGCUUCCAGGACGCCACGCAGCCACCUAUCGCAGCCUACGACGCUUACUCUUCGGCAACACAACCACAACACCAGCAACAGCAGCCUGCGCGCUACGAUGAGCCAGCCCAGCUGGUCGACUCAAUGGCUGGCAUGUCGAUGAGCCAGCAGAACGACGCUCCAACAGUCGCUUCCCCCACCUCAGCCUCGCCGACGCUCCCCGUCUUCACCUUUGACGCACCGGAAGAGGAGCCAGAGAAGCCGCGGCGUCGACGUGGCAGCAGUGUCUCCCGCGCUGGCCCUCCUCCGGGCCAAAAGGUGAUCCAACAAGCUCCUGUGCCGACGAUCGUGUUUCCUGGCAACGACGACGACGACGACGGCUUCGGACCGUCGAUUCAGAUCUCGGGUGCCGACGAUGACGCUGAUUCCCGAGGUCCGGGUCCGAUGAUCUCGGUGAGCGCCGACGACGACGACGCACGCUCGCAAACCAGCACGGGCAGUCGCGGGCCUUCGAUCUCGGUCUCCUUCUCCGCCGAGCCCUCUGUCAAAUCUCAACGCGCCGGCACCUCCCACACGCCAGCCGCUCGGAACUCCAUCGACCAGUCUCGCGUAUCCGCCUCCUCCGUAGGCUCUGGCUCCGGCUGUCACGGCUGUCGCAAGUGGAUCGCGGGCAAAGUGGUCCAUGCUCUCUCGACGACCUUCCACCCCUCCUGCUUCGUCUGCGCACACUGCAGUGAAGGUCUCGAGCACGUCGCGUUCUACGAACACGAAGGCUUACCCUACUGCCAUUUCGACUACCACGAGCUCUUCUCCAAGCGUUGUUUCCACUGUCGCACACCCAUCGUGGACGAGCGGUACAUCACAGUCCAAGAUGACGAGUUGACGGGCACCGACGGCGUAGCGGAAGAACGAUGUUAUCACGAACUGCAUUUCUUCUGUGCCAACUGCGGCGAUCCGUUCCUGGACCCGAAGGCGGCGGGUAGUGCUGCGGGCAGCGAUCCAGCUUUGACCACGGCCGAUGAGAACGGGAAAGUCCGACAUGGCGGGAUGGAGUUUAUCGUCCACAAGGGGUAUCCGUAUUGCGAAAAAUGCCAUGUCAACCUGCACAAGCCUAGGUGCAAGGGGUGCAAGGCACCCAUUGUGGGCGAUCUCAUCAGCGCCUUGGGUGGAAGGUACCAUCCGGACUGCUUCACGUGCUCCGCCUGCAGACGGCCGUUCGAGGACACCCAGUUCUUCGUCAAGGAUGGAAAGGCGUUCGAUGAGGAGUGUUACAAGGUUCUCUUGCGCAACAUGAUCUAG